AUGGACUCGGAGGAUGGCCAGAACCUCGCCUACUUCGUCCGCACACAUGAACGAGCCCUUGCAAACGCGCUGCAGUUACAGCAGCGGAAUAAGAAUGGCCAGCAGCAGGCUUCUGGCUCCUCGAGCGAUGCCACCACAAUCUCCCUCUCGGACGCCUUAUCGAGGCCUUUCCUCCCCUUCACCACGGCCAGCGUUAGGCCUGCGAAGCUGACCCUCACCCCCCACCACCUCUUCUACCUACUCAGCAAGUUCGAAGAUCUCGGCGUGGAUGUCGGUCCCAUGAAUGUACGCCUGGAGAACCUCCAGUAUGACGCUGGGCCUGCCAACUAUGUGUCCUUUCUGGGCCACGCACCAAAGUCAAGAGGCAAACAAUCAGAUGCCGAGUCGAUGAAAUCGGUGUCAAGCGUACGAAGCGUCAUGUCAAGCAUGUCGUCCAUGCUGUCAAAUCUCGGUCUAUCGAACAGCGCGGCAAGGGCCGAGAAACAGAUGGCUCAACAUCGUGACGACAUCAAGUAUCUCUACUCUUGCUUCACCAAGAUUCCCGCCUUGAAGCUGUCGCCAGACCAUAGAGCGAGGUUGAUAUCAGGCUAUGAAGAGUUCCCGUUCGACACUGCUGUCCCGCUGUUCGCGUUCAAGAAUGUCAGUGCGCUGGAGAUAUGUGAUCUCGAUUUCAGGCAGUUUUAUGGCUGGGACCGACUGUCCGAACAGUUGCGCAGCCUGACAGUCAAACGUGCCAAUGUUGACGAUCCGAUCGACCUUCUGCAGCACAUUGUGCUUGAUGACACUGAGAGGCGUCGGAAGCGCUCGUUCAAGACGCCAUUGCCGACCACGCCAUCAACGCCAGGCGCGCCGUGGCCGGGCUAUAGUCCCAAGCCAAAGCAUGCGGAGCUUGCAAGGACCUUUUCUGCGCCCAACUCGCCCUACACUGAUCAGAGGCGCGGCUCCAAGGGCAGCCCAUUGAGCGUCACCCCCGACCGCAAAGGAUCAGUUGAAGGCAAGCAGCCUGCGACACCAUCACAGCGACAACGCAGCAUAUCGCCGCCAAGGGUACUCGGGUCGAGGCAUGGCUCCUUGCGCCAGCAUGCACGGAGUGGCUCACUUAGAUAUCGACGUUCCUCCGGGAGCUCUGGCUCAGACACGCAUGAGAUGCCACCCUCAAGACACAGCUCGACCGACAUGCUGAUUCUGGGUAUACUACCAUCGUCGAAGUGGCGGAUGCUGCGGCAUCUCAGUCUUGCCGAGAACGGAUUGACCUCACUGGCAGUGUCAAGUCUGUCGCCUGUUGCGAACACGCUGCAGUCACUCGAUCUUUCCGGCAACCUCUUCUCUGAUGUACCGGACGCGCUUGCCUCGCUCACUCAUCUCAGAGCUUUGAAUUUGAGCAAUUGCAUGAUCGAUAGUCUGCAAUCACUUUCGAGGAGUCCUCUGCCGGCUAUCACAACGCUCAAUCUGCGGUCCAACCGUCUGUCGAACCUGGCAGGCAUUGAGCGCCUGCCUUCUUUGGAGAGAGUGGACGUCCGCGACAACAGGCUACGCGACCCCAUGGAGCUGGCUCGCUUAGCUGGUCUUCCAGAGGUGAUUGAUAUCUACGUGAUCAAGAACCCGUUCGAGCGCACUCACCCGGACUACAGGGUCACCAUCUUCAAUGCUUUUCGAUCUACGCCUGGGCAUACCGAGGACGUCACCAUCGACACAUUCAAGCCUCUUUCACACGAGAAGAAGUACCUGGUCGAUCGCGCACCUGAGCCGGUCAACGUUCCCGUCGUCAAGCCCCCUCCUGAGGUGGAGGAAGAGCCUCAAGCUGUCGUCGGUGGUGCACCGACGGAAGAUGAACUUCGGGCGCUUGAAGAUCUACCUCAAGAGGCACGGCACCAGCGACAAGGCCAUCGUCGCACUACCAGCGACCUUGGGCCUAUGGCCAACCGGCGGAAGAAGAAGGCUCCACGACGAAGGAUUGUAGAGCUUUCACAGCAAGAGACACCGCAAACAUUGACAAUGCAGCAGCCGGCGCCGGAGCUGACACAAGCACCCAAGACGCCGACCGAUAGCGAACCUCCCACCACACCAGGCGACACGCCCUACCAUACCGCUCCGACCCGGCAAGUGGAGGCGCAGCUCUCUCGCCAGCGCCCGACACUGGAUAUUGCCUUUGACUCACCGACACCUGCACCCAAGAUUCGUGAUCCUUCUGACGAUGACGAUGAGCUGUCUCUACAAGACUUGGGUCAAUCCGAUGUGUAUCGACAGAAGAUGGAAGCUCUCAAGAGCGACUUGGGUCCAAAUUGGUUGGCCGCAAUGAACGAGGAUCGACUGGCGGAGCAGCGCGAUCAACGAAGAAGCUUCAGUCCGGCUUCAAGGACGUCGACGAUCAAAGCGACCGGGAAGCCAGGCAAUGAGAGGGGUGUCAGUACGGGAGGACGAACACUUGGCUGA